AUGCCUUUAUCGAAGGAAGCCAUUGUCUACGAGCGCCUCGAGUUGUGUCAAAUGUUGAUCAAAGCUGGUGCAAGUCUUGAUUCACCUGUUCCCACAGAGCCACCCAUACCAAGGAUCCCUCCCAAUACACAGCGGAACCCGGAUCGUCUUACUGAUUUCACUGAUAACGAAGCUAACUUCUGCUGGGCUCCCAACUAUCCAUACUUGGGCCCGCUUCAUUUGGCCGCGAUUGUGGACAAUCUGGAAAUAGUAGAACUAUUCUUAUCAUGCUGCGCGGACACCGGUGCAUCGGCAGGGGCGGUUGUACCUGGACACAAAGAGGCCACGCGAAUAUUGUUAGAAAAUGGAGCGAAUGCAAAUUUCUUGUCGCCCGGUUGGGGAACUUUACUGCAUAUUGCCCAAGAUAGCAAGAUUGCUCAAUUACUUAUUGCGUUCGGCGCUGACAUUGGCGAAAGAGGUCUUGAAGAAUGA